CAUUGAGGGAGCAGAAAUACCCACGGAGGGCAGACACAUAGGGCGGAAAAGGUUCCACGCAUGUACCGAAACUCUCUGAAACCGGAGAGGAACAAGAAACAACAGAACGUAUUAAAAAUUUAAAACAGGAAAAUAAAGCUCUGGUCACCCGGGAGGCAUUUUGUUGGGGUGACACCAGAAUGCAACUAAACCCUCCAAUCCCCACUCUCACACUCAAACAGCUGAACCAAAUCCGCGCCCAAAUCCUAACAUCAACCAAACCCACAACCCUAAACUCACUCCUACGCUCUCUCGCUCACUCAAAACACCCUCAAAACGCCCUAACCCUCUUCACCCACAUGCUCCAAAACCCUUCUUCCCACGACUACUCCACCUUCACGCACGCCCUCAAGGCAUGCUCCUCCCUCCGCGCCCUCUGGACGGGCCUCCAAAUCCACGCCCGCGCCGUGAAGUCCGGCCACCUCGCCGACAUCUUCAUUCAGAACUCAAUGAUUCAUUUCUAUUUCCGCGAAAGCGAAAUCGUUGGUGGUUGCAGAGUGUUCGACGAGAUUGUGUGCCCCGAUGUUGUUUCGUGGACAUCGAUCGUUUCGGGGCUUUUUAAGGCUGGGUUUGAGAGGGAAAGCAUUGUUAGGUUCUGUGACAUGGAUGUGGAGCCUAAUGCUGCUUCACUUGUUAGUGUUUUAUCUGCUUGUUCUAGGUUAAGAGCUGUUACGCUUGGUAAAGCCGUUCAUGGGUAUUGUUUAAAGAAUUUGGUUGAAGAUAAUAUUAUCUUGGAUAAUGCAGUUUUGGAUUUUUAUUUGAAGUGUGGGUCUUUAAGGAGCGCUCGGUACCUGUUUGUUGCGAAAAUGUCUGAUAGGGAUGUAAUUUCUUGGACUAUAAUGGUGAGUGGUUUUGCGAAUAGGGGGUUUUGCGAUGAGGCGGUUAGUCUUUUUGGGGAUAUGUUGGAUAGAGGACAGGUUGAGCCGAAUGAGGCUACGAUAGUCAGUGUCUUGUCAGCAUGUUCUUCGCUUUCUGCCUUAAGUUGGGGUCGAUGGGUGCACACCUAUGUCAGCACACGACAUGAUCUUAUGGUGGAUGGCAAUGUGGGGAAUGCUUUGAUCAACAUGUAUAGCAAGGGUGGCGAUAUGGGUAUGGCAGUUAGGGUAUUUGACGCGGUUAUACGCAAGGAUGUAGUGUCGUGGAGUACUGUUAUUAGCGGAAUGGCCAUGAAUGGCUUUGGCGUGCAUGCUUUGCCCCUGUUCUCGCUCAUGUUAGUUCGUGGGGUAUGUCCGGACGAUGUAACGUUUCUUGGGUUAUUAUCUGCUUGUAGUCAUGGGGGAAUGAUUGAUCAAGGGUUGAUGUUGUUCAAAGCCAUGACUGAUGUAUAUGGAAUUGUGCCGCAAAUGCAGCACUAUGCUUGUGUUGUCGAUAUGUACAGUCGAGCAGGGCUGUUGAAGGAAGGGGAGGAUUUCAUUCAAAAAAUGCCCGUGCAAGCAGAUGGAACAGUUUGGGGUGCAUUGCUUAAUGCUUGCAGAGUUCAUGGGAAUGAGGAGAUGUUUGGGCGGAUCUCACGUCAUAUUUCAACUGCUGAAGCUGUGAGCAUUGGAACUUAUGCUUUGUUGUCCAACACAUACGCUAGUUCCAGGAGGUGGGAAGAUGCGAGUGAGGUUAGGGAUGUGAUGAGAAGUAUGGGGUUGAAGAAGAUGGCUGGAUAUAGCUGGAUUGAGGCUGAGACAUCCAUCCCAACGUAAUGACUUCGACAAGCGCAUGACAAAUGUGCGUUGUUCUUCUUAUUGUUUAUGGUAACAAAGCAAAUGUCAUCUAUUGUUUGGUAUUCGUCGCCAAAACUCGCUUGGUGGCUCACCUCCCAGCUAGAAGAAUGAACUCCAGGAUAAGCUUGGCUAUGGAACUUGAUGAUGAAGAUGGUUAUAAAGUCGCUGUUUGCUUUUACGUGCAACCUUGCCUGGCAAUGUGAUAAUUCAGUUGUAUGGAGUCACCACCACUGCAAGGCAUAAAGCCCUUCUCAGGUUAUGAUCCUAGCUCGGGAUAUGACUUCAGAGUUCAGAUAGAAUCAACUACAGGAAUCAAAUUAGGUUGCAAAUCAUGACGAUGGAACCACCAGUGAGUUAUGUAAAGUUUUAGCAAAUGGUUGGGAACUUUGUGGGACUGGUUAACAAACGGGGUAUUGCCACAAGACGAGAAUGAAGCAAGAAAUUCUUUAAGACUAGCUUAUAGGUAUGUAAUCUUUGGUGAACCAACUGGUAUUGAAGAAGUCUUUUGGGGGUAUUAAUGAGGCAUUUUGAGAAUACAAGGGAAGAGGGAGAUUAUGAGAGAGGUUCACGGAGGUGAUUGCGGGAAGAUCAGACUUCAGAGUCAAGGAAGACUGAAAAGCAAAAUAAUUCAUCUUGUUCACCACGGCCCAAAAGCUAUGGAGAGGGCUUUCAGGAACUUGGACAAGGCUGAUUAUCUCUAAGAUGACAAAUCAUGACCACUUUUUAGUGGUUGGGCUUCUUCUCUGUGGUCAGGUGGACAUCUAGAUCGGUUUCUUGUUAAAGGCUAGUGGGGUUCAAGGGCCUGAGGACAUCUAGAUCGCGUCAGUAUUUCAGUGCUCUUGUACAUAUUUCAACCUCCACUUAACUAAACAUAAUCUUAAAGCUGUGAGUAUGGAGAUUGACACCUUGUGCCUGAACAUUUUCACUUUGACUGUGAGUUUUCCAAACAUGUGUGAAGGGCUCGACUAUUGGUUUUGAUUUUGAUUGUGGUAAUAUGUUAAGUGUUGCGGAAUGGGUGACUGGAUGGUUUACAAUGAUCGUAUUCACAAAUC